AUGGCCAUGGACAACUACGCCCUUCGCGAGCCGUUUACUCGCUUGCAAGAGAGUCCUACACUUGCGAAUAUGGAAGGCGAUGAAUGGGAUGAGCUUGAGUCAGGAUAUGAAUCGUCCAAGCAAGAAAGAAGCAAGUUUCUCAGUGAUGAGGAAAUGAUUGAGGUGCGCAAGAUUGUGAGAAGAUAA